UGUGACUGAACAGGACGGGGCUCGCUCUGCAGGAGAUUCCACAGUCUGCUCCUCCUGUGCAGCUUCUCUCUGCCUGAUCCUUCUGCAACCUCAGGCAAAAUGUUCAUGGUCAAUAAUUUCCUGAAACAGGCGACCGGAGGAAACUCAGGAUCCGGCCAAGGAGGAGGUGGCGGAGGAAUCGGUAAUGUCCUGAAGGGAGCAAUCAGCAGCGUUGCAGGGUCCGGCCAGGGUGGAGGUGGAGGUGGAGGAGUCGGCAACCUAGUGCAAGGGGCUCUGAGCGGCCUUUCUGGAUCCGGCCAAGGUGGAGGAAUGGGAAACCUUGUCCAAGGAGCUCUGAGCGGUCUGGCCGGAUCUGGCCAGGGUGGAGGUGCAGGCAAGUUCCUACAAGGAGCUCUGAGCAGCUUAGGCGGCGGCGGAGGAGGUGGUGGACAAGCCGGUGGAGGAGCAGGAAAACUUUUUGCGGGAGGACCUGCCGGCGCCGGUGGUGGAAAAGGAAUACUGGGAAGUAUCCUGGGGCUCAUCGGAGAUGCCAUAGCCAACUACAAGCCGGAACCUCCUCCAGAGCCCUGCGCCAACUCCUACCAGCAAGAGGCCUACGAGAACGAUGAGCAGCGGCAGUUCCGACGCCUCUUCAAGCAGCUGGCGGGAGAGGACAUGGAGGUCUCACCGGUGGAGCUCCAGAACGUCCUGAACAAGGUGGUGGCCAAGCACCAGGAUCUAAAGACUGACGGUUUCAGCAUCGACACGUGCCGCAGUAUGGUGGCCGUCAUGGACAGCGACGGGACGGGAAAGCUGGGCUUCGAGGAGUUCAAGUACCUGUGGAAUAACAUCAAGAAGUGGCAAUGCAUCUACAAGAAGUUUGACACGGAGGGUACGGGCUACAUCCCGGCCGCCUCCAUGCCCGCGGCUGUCCAGGCUGCUGGCUUCCAGCUCAACGAGCAGCUGCACGAGUUGCUGAUCCGCCGCUACGCCGACAACAAGGGCAACGUGAACUUUGACAGUUUCAUCAGCAGCAUGGUCCGGAUGGACUGCAUGUUCCGAGCCUUCAAGGCCCUGGACCGAGAAGGGAACGGUGAGAUCCAGUGCAGACUCCCGGAUUGGCUGAAGCUGACCAUCUACUCCUAGUGCGUGGACUUGCCCCCGGCCGGCGUUACAAUGUCGCUGGUGAGGUGACAUCCUGUUACCCUUUCUUCUAUAAGACCCCAAAUACUAGCAAUAAAUGUACCAUGUGAGGAACGA